AUGGCUGAAGGCCUGCGGACCACCCCAGCUGGGGACCUGGACAAGUUCAUCAGUGAAUUCCUCCAGCCCAACCGCCAUUUCCUGGAUCAAGUAAAGAAAGCCGUAGACACCAUAUGCUCCUUCCUGAAGGAAAACUGCUUCCGGAAUUCUCCCAUCAAGGUGCUCAAGGUGGUUAAGGGCGGUUCUUCUGCCAAAGGCACAGCUCUACAAGGGCGCUCGGAUGCCGACCUUGUGGUGUUCCUCAGCUGCUUCCGCCAGUUCUCUGAGCAAGGCAGCCACCGGGCAGAGGUCAUCUCAGAGAUCCGGGCACAGCUGGAGGCGUGCCAGCAGAAGCAGAAGUUCGAUGUCAAGUUUGAGAUCUCCAACAGGAAGAAUCCCCGAGUCCUCAGCUUCUCCCUGACAUCCCAGACACUGCUGGACCAGAGCGUGGACUUUGACGUGCUGCCGGCCUUUGACGCCCUCGGUCAGCUGAGGCCCGGCUCAAGGCCUGAUCCCCAGGUCUACAAGGACCUAAUCCACAGCUACAGCAACGCAGGCGAGUUCUCUACCUGCUUCAGGGAGCUGCAGCGUGACUUCAUUAGCACCCGUCCCACCAAACUCAAGAGCUUGAUCCGGCUGGUGAAGCACUGGUACCAACAGUGCAACAAGAUGGUCCAGGGGAAGGGCUCCUUGCCACCCCAGCAUGGGCUGAAGCUCCUGACCGUGUACGCCUGGGAGCAGGGCAGCCAGAAUCCCCAGUUCAACAUGGCGGAGGGCUUCCGCACUGUGCUGGAGCUGGUUGGCCAGUACCGCCAACUGUGCAUCUAUUGGACCGUCAACUACAACGCUGAGGACAAAGCCAUGGGUGACUUCCUGAAGCUGCAACUUCAGAAGCCCAGACCCAUCAUCCUGGAUCCAGCUGACCCCACAGGCAACCUGGGCCGCAAUGCCCGCUGGGACCUGCUUGCCCAGGAGGCUGCAGCCUGCACAUCUGCCCUGUGCUGCAUGGACAAGGACGGCACCCCCAUCAAGCCGUGGCUGGUGAAGGCUUCUGUAUGACGUCCAGAAAGAUCAGUGGUCACAUCAGCUGAGAGAAAAUGACACCAGCCCUCAGUAUGGGAGACUUGGAGUAUUGGGCCAGAUGUGUGUGUGUGUGUGUGUGUGUGUGUGUGUGUG